AUGUUCAAGAAGUUUUCCAGAUUUAAAACAUUUUUUCUAGUUGUGUCGGUGAUCUUUGUAUUAAGAAAUAUAAGGAGGCUAAGAGGCUCACUAUUACUACCUGGUAGAUAUCUGCUGCUUAUCGCACAUCCAGAUGAUGAGUCCAUGUUUUUUGCGCCAUCCCUGCUAAGUCUAGGGGGGGAUAUUGACAUUCUUUGCUUGUCUAAUGGUAACAAAGAAGGGAAGGGAAAGGAAAGAGAAAAGGAACUGAGGAAAGUGGGAUGCUACACUGGAGCGAAGGUGCUUAUAACCACAUUCUUUUCCGAUGGGGAAGACUGGGACCCGGUGAUGAUCUACAUAAAGCUCUUGGCGAUCUAUAUACUAAGGCCGUUUGACGUUCUUAUGACGUUUGACGAGGCAGGUGUAUCUGGACACAAAAAUCACAUCUCUUGCAGUAAGGGUGCGGGACUGUUUCUGAAGAUACACAGUGUAAAGGGCCUGCUGCUGAAGUCCAAGAACCUGUUUCAGAAGUAUGGGGUUGACAUGAGCUUUUCUAGGAUCUCCUCCACGGUUCCCUUCAGCAUGUACAUGGAACCCGUCAAAAUGAUGUGCUUCCACAGGUCUCAGAUGGUGUGGUUCAGGUAUCUCUAUGUGCUCUUUUCAAACUUCAUGUCUUACAACGAUUUUACUGUUAUAAACUGA